AUGGAGCUCCUCGAAGACGUGUACGUAGACGAGCUGAUUGACGCGUUCGACGCCCCCGAAGUUAAACCUGCAGCACCUACGGGGCUUUCUGACGAGAGCCAUAGACAGCACAGGCGCGCGCCGUUCAGACAACGGACACAGAGUGCCCUGGAGCUCCGCACGACGAGACCGAACCCUUUGCCGAGUCUGUACCCGGUGUUUGGCGAGUCGCGUGCGCUGAAGACUUUACCUGACGCUGCUGUCGGAGCUGCGACUGUACCGUGCGAGCCACACCAGCCGCGAGAAGCGACGAGUUUACUGGAACGUCAAGUGCCGCUGUCGAGGCAAACGUUCUGCGACAGUCAGGUGGUGACUGACGGAGCACUGCAGCGCGCGCGACAGCAGAUCGAGCGCGAGAUGCGUAUGUAUAAAGCUCGCCUCGACCACGUGGCCAAAGCUCUCGCAGGCGAAACAGCGCAUCAGAUCCGAGCGCGCAAACAGCGUGAGGAGGAGCAGUUGGCGCGUCGGGGAAAGCGCUGCGAAGCUGUGGAGACGCGGCUGCUUCACCAGCUCAACCGUCUGGAAGAAAGGAAGCAACGCAGGACUCGAACUUGUCUCACGGGACGCCAUCGAGUCAGCCGGAGCUUGUCGCCAGGUACUGUCUGCACGAGUCGGGCGGAACAUGGCGAGAGCGGUGCGAAAGAGACUGAAAGACUGUAA